AUGAGCUCCCUGAGAGCCGCCGUGAUCGGCGUCGCGGCCUUCUGCGUUGCCAGCGUUGCUUACGAGGCCUUCGUGUCGCCUGCGGCUCGCCCCGCACCUCUCGUCGCCGCUAAGUCGGCGGCGUCCUCGGCACCACCCGCUGCAGCCGCUGGUUGGGGCCUGGCUGCUGCAGGACUUGCUGUGGGAGCUCACGCCGGUCUUGCGGUGGCCUUCCGCGCUCGCGCUGCGCGCCAGGCCGAGACCAAGCCGGCCGAGAAGUCCAAGUACGUCGAGACGGUGGCAGACGAGCGCCUUUUCGAGCAGGUCUACUUGCAGUACACCUCGGAGUACCUCAAGGGCCCGCUCUACUGGCACCCGGACAAGCUCCAGGGCUGGCUGCCUGACUACCCCGGCACUCCCAUGAUCAAGGAGGGCAAGUACACCAGCCACGUGAUCGGCAACCUCAAGGCGUUCAGCUCGAACGAGCUUGCCUUCCUGUCCAUGCUCUUCUUUGGCGUCGGCCUCUAUGGCAACCUGCAGUUCAACUUCUAUGACCCGCAGUGGGCUAAGGUGGAUGCUGGUGGCUUCUUCAACGUGUCCUACAUCGUGGAGUCCUUCUUGCUUCCCAUCUCCUUCUUCAUGCACAUCGCCUGCUACAUCCAGAGGCAGAACGGCAAGUGA